GGCCCAAAGGCAACGCCCAGGGCUCAGUUGCUUUAGGGCAACAGUGCGAUUCAGAAGAUGGAGAAUUAUCCGUUUCCUCUGAGUAGCGUUAGUGAUUCAUGGCUGAAGCUCAGCUCCUCCGCCUGGGUGACGGAUCUCAUCCUGGGCAUCCUGUGUGGCCUGGGGCUCUUCCUGCUCCUGCUCCCCUGCCUCGGGAGCGGCCCGUCCUCGCCGCCCGCCCGGCAGAAAAGGAGCGUCAGGAAGGCGGACAGGAGGGAGCGGCCCCGGAGCAGGAAGAGGAGCGGCCCUCUGAAAGCUUAUAGAGACUGCCGGAGGGAACUCGAUGGGGCUUGGGACCUGACUUUGCUUCUGCAGAGCUGCCAGGUGAAGCUCCCUGACAAGGGGGGCUCUCAUCAGCUCUCAUGUCCAGACCCCCCGGGGGAGGAGUGCAACCCAGCACCUGCCAGCGCCCACCGGCCACGUGCGGAGCGUGUGCAAGAUGCUUCGCCCACCACCUCGUCUCCACUGGCAUCGCCAGCUCCCCUGGCCCAGAGCCCUCCGCCUCUGGCCUCCACGCUGUCUCCAGGUCCGACAGCCUCCCCAGUUUGUGCUGGAUCAUCACAGUCAUCCCUGAGUGCCGCCCGGCCGCCAGAGCCUUUGCUGCCCCCAGAACGCCCCUCACCCCAGCCACAGGCGCUUUCCCCUCCCACACCGCGGUCUCCUGCUCCCGUGGCCUGCCCUCUGCCUCCUCCUGACUCCAGCCUGGCUCAUGCUCAGUGUGACUCAAUGGCGCCCCCACUGGGCACUGUCCCACAGAGCUAUUCUCCACACUAUAACAACUGUUGGUUGCCUCCUCCCGUCUCAAAGAUAUCGGACCUUAGUUGCACAAGUGACACCGUCUCAGCCCUCACCUGGUGGCAGGUGGCUGCCAGAACUGGCAGAGCCUGGAGCCUCUCCGCCUCAGCCGAGAGCAAAUCCCAGCAGGGGCAUCUUUCCAACCGCCCACCAGAGGCUUCCUCCUGGGGAGACGCCACGCACAGGCAGAUGGAGGGUCGUGGCCCCUCUUUCAUCCACACUGACGUCCAGGACCUGCUGGAGACGCUAAUGGGUAAGAGGAAGGAGAACGAAAAGGAGGGGUCAUCUCUGAAACAAGUGAGCCCAGACUACCCCCGGGGUUGCCUGGGGAAUAUGGUGAAGUCACCGAGCGGAGAUCAGGACACAACCCCACAGCGCUUCUGCAACAUGACAGACAAACCAGAGCAGCUGCCAGGUCCCCAGCAGCUCUCCCAUCCCAAGGCCAAGGGGGACCAUUUACAGCAGAAAUGCACCCAGCUUUUCUGGGGCCUCCCCUCUCUGCACAGUGAGUCCCUGGUGGCUGCUGUCAGGGUCUCUGGUCCUCCGUUAAACUUUCCCUCUGUUUUAUUCAAUGGAUUCCCUAACUCCUUUGGCGUACAUCCACAUCCACAACUCUUUCUGCCCCAGUCCUGGCCCCACCACAGGGCCCUGCCCCAGCUCCCUCUGGCUGGGUUCCAGCCCCAGAUCUGUCUCCCACACUCUCUCUUGACCCCACAUUUCUGUUCACCUCAGAUACCUUUCUGUGGAGCAUUUUGCCCAACAGUCCGUAGGGAGGCCCAAUUUCCUCUCUCAACUGCUGUUCAACAACUAGAGUGUCACUUUCUGAAGAAGCAACAAGAAAGCAGGAGGGCCUUACCCACUAUAGUGAAAAAUUCUCAGGAAGUCUUUCACCAGCUCACUUCCGACAGAUGGACCUCCCAGACCUACAAGUCAGUUUCCAGCAGCUCAGAAGAUAUUAUCAACCCUGGGCUGUGGGGGCAACAUCCACGAAUAAGCUCCACCCGACACCGGGCCACACUGCCCCGCAGGAACCAGCCGUCUCUGGGCAGGGCGCAGCCAUGGGGCAGAUUUCCAAGGGCAGGUCAGGCAAAAGAGAAGCAAGGUGACUCCUGGUCUUCAGCCUAUACAGGUGGAAGCAGCCAGGAUAUACAGGACAUGGAGUCCAAGGGCCCAGCAAUUUUUCAGAUAUGGAAACACCCAAGCCUGAAACCGGGGCACUGUCCAGAGAGUGAUUCAAAUCUAUCUUGCAAUUCAAACCGCUCCCUAGUGGUGCUUCCAAGGGCCAGCUCUCAGGAGGAGUCAGAAAGCAGCCGGAUGAAGCCCUCAAGUGACACAAGACAUGACUUACCAGACAAGGGGCACGUAGAAGACAUCCUGAAAGUCCACUUGAGCAGGAAGUUGGGGCAGAUUAAGCAAGGCAGGAUCCCUGUAAGCAUUUGUCAUUCCAGGCUUGCUAAUGACCAAGCCUUGGCCCCUUUUGAAAAUUCAAACAUGCACAUAGAAACUAGAACUCUAGCAUCCUCAAAGGGUCGGGAAUCCUCUGAAGACACCUCGCAGGGACUUCUUGAUCCAGGCCGUAAGCAUGCACUGGAAGCACAUGUUAGAAGGUUGCAGGUAAGGCACAAGUGGGGCCUACCCCUCAAGAUCCUCAAGACAAAAAAUCUCUUUAUGUUGAAAAAGGCUCAACCCCCACCCCUUCCACUCUCCACCUUUUCCUCCUGGGCCACCUGUGAAUCUGGGGACAACUCCACAACUGAGGUUGUCAAGUUCCUGGGAGAAGAUCCUCAGGAAGGUCCAGGAGAGAAGAUAACAGAAAAGUCAGUCCUCACCCAGAUUGGUCCUCACCCUGCCACCUCACCUGUGGGUGAGAAUGUCCAGAUGGACCUGAGAGGGACCCAGUCUGGUGACAACCGUGGGCAUUCAGAGGCUCUUUCCACUGGGCAGAAGGGCAGGUGGCCUUCUCAGCCUCUCACAUCCAGAACCCGGCACAGUGAGAUGUUCCUGGGGGCCAGGAGAGGCAGCCCAGAGCUGAGUCCAGGUUCAGCAAUGGCCAGGAGUGAGCCAUGGGAGGAAGAGAAGAGCGUGGCCUCAGGAGACUUCCAUUGUACUGAGUCAAUGCAGCAGCUCACCUUAGGGUCCCAGUCUUCAGGGGCCAAGAAGACCAUCAAGCCAGUGAAGGCUAAGAAAAAGAAGCCCCCUGCUUGGGAAGCCAUCUUGGGAACCAGUAUGAGGGCAGACUCCCACAGGUUUAAUGUCAGCCUGAGCUCAGGGUCUCUGAGCAACAGCAACAGCUCCCAAUCCUUUAUAGUUUAUGUCCCCCAGAACCCAGAAGAGCUAUGCCUUAAUGCUCCAAGGGUUGGUGCGUGUCAGAACCAGCCUCAAGGCCUUGCCCCAAAUGUCCUCCUCCAAGACUACACCACUGGUGUCCUCCUUGGAAACUAUGACCCUGACGUUCUGGGUGUAGACAUCUGGGCCUUUCCGGCCACUCUGUCCAGCUCCCACAGCAAGUCCACUGCUGACACAGGAUGGCCAUGUGAGAGUCAAAGCAAGCGGUCUGGCCCUACUGACAAGAGAGAGCGCUGCAGGAGGCCCAAACCAGGGGGGCAAAAACAAAGGUCUGCAAGACCAAGGACCUCCCAAACCAAUGGUAUAAGCCACCCCUCCCAGGAUAGGGAAUUAGCCGAAUCACCAAGAAGCAAGUCCUCCCAGCUCCUGCCAAAUGAAGGACAGGCUCCUACAGGAAGCCGCUUUAGGAACAAAACAAGGCAGUUUCUGCAGUGGAUUUUCCCCAAGAAAAACACAGGGGAAGGAGAGCCCGUGCAAAACCGCGAGCCUGCAUCAGCCACUGCCCAGUGCUUGGGACGGGUCACAGGCAGAUCAUGUACGGACGCCAGAAUGGAUAAAGUGCGGGGGCUCGUGACCACUGUCGGACAGAUCCUAGAGGAGGAAACUGGACCCAACCAUGAACUUCCUGUCUCAAAGGGAAAUCGGUACAGAGAGGAACUCCAGGCCACAGUGGGUGGGAGUUGCAGCCACCACAGAGGCCCCUCCCAACCGGAGAAAAGGAGAGUGAUGAGUGAUACCGCCUGCAAUCACCAAGCCACUCCUGUGGGCCACAGCUCUCCUGUCAAGAACAGGUGGGUCCGAGACAAGAACAGCAACCAGGCCUCCCCAGCCAGGCCCUGCCAGCAUCGGCCAAGAGUGGCAAGAGCCUCCAGCUACCCUAUCGGCUGCCCCAGGCACUGCUGUCUACCUAAAGGUGUCUUGCCUGGUCAACCAGAUCACACUUCUCCCACCUUUCCUGGUGAGCAAACCUUUCUCUCAGAAGAAGUCCAGUUCCGGCAGAGAAAACGAGUUCUGUCCUAUGGCAGCACAUCCCCGAUGUGCUAAUGGCUCCUCCUACUGAGAUGUGUGAUCCUUCCAAUCAGAUUGUGUGUUUUCUCAUCA